AUGUUCAAUCAUUGGUGGUGUAUCUUUCUGUUACCAUUAAGUACUAUUUUUGCUAAUUUCGUUGUAAAACGUUUAUCACGUGAUAAUCAAUUACCAUUAAAAUUUUCCGGUCAUAUUUACAAUCUUCUUAUUCGAAAACGAUCAUUUAAACAAGGCGAUAACACACAACAAACUAUUUAUAUAUCAACUCCAUAUGAUACAUCAAUACAUAAAGAAUGUGAUACAUAUAUUCGAACGAUAAUUGCUCGUUAUAUCGAUGUUUGGUACUAUCCAUUAGUAUCGACAGACCAAGAAUUUCCCGAAGACGUAAUGGUUUUAUUUCAUGUAGUACUGAAUCGUUUUAGUGAUCAUUUUAAAUCAUUAAAAUCUUAUGAUAUUAUUCGUCUUAUAGUAAAUUUACAACAGCGACAUAUGGAACAAUAUUUAUGUGCGUGUGACUCGUUUGAAAAACAGCGUAAACCAAAUCGAAUAAGUAAAUCAGUUGUGGAAGAAUUUGGUCAAAUCUAUGGUUUUCAUCGUUCAUUAGUUCAUAAUGAUAUUCAUGCAUAUUUAAAAGCAAUUGUUGAAUUACUUUUCACAGAUUUAAUACCUGAAUCAUUCCAUAUUUAUUCUUAUAAUCGUGCUGGACGAGAAUUUCUUACACAAAUUUUUGUUAAUUGCGUUUUUUUACCUUUAUUUAAUCAAUUUUCUAAACCACAAACACUCUACUACUUAAUUGUUCUUUUAUGCGAGACCGAAGAACAAAAGAAAACUUUUGAAACUAGUGAAAAUUCUUCAAUAGAAGUUUCCUCGACAGUUCUCAAUGAAAAUGAAUCUAUAACACUUGCUGGACACGUAAACGAUCAACCAAAUCAAAAUGAUGAACAUCUUUCAUCACGUUUAGAACGUAUCAUCUAUUCGGCAACUAUUAUUUCAUCUGAUAUAGCCUAUGAUUCUAUGUUUGGCGCAGCCUAUACUGUUUAUCUGAUUCAAUGUGAAACAAAAUCUCCAUUUACAUCUGAUGCCACUCAUCGAUACAAAGUUGGAAGACGUUUUAGUGAGUUCAUCAAUUUAAACAAAAGAUUACAACAAAAUCAAGUAACAGUUCGACAUUGUUCUGAUAUCGAUGAGAUUUUUCGAACAGUUCCUAUGUCAAUGGAUAAUAUGAAUCCAGAUAUAAUUCGUCGACGAAAAAAUAUGCUUGAAGAAUAUAUUCAAAAAGUUAUUUCAAAUGAAGUUCUCAAUUGUUCACAUGAUGUACUGGAAUUUUUUGCUUUUAAUUCCGAUCCUAAUAUACCAUUUGAAAUAUUACCUAGUAAACUACCAGUUCCAAGAGUUGAUAAAGUUCUAUUUCGUACGGUGUCGGAUUUGGGCAACAAGUUAAAUAAACUUCGUUCAACUAAACGUGAAGCAGCUCCAAUACAAGAAACAUUUCAGUUGAACAUUCUAACAACAUAUGAAAAAGAUUCAUCUACCAUGGAUCAAUUCAAGUCUUUUAUUCAGCGAUCAUCAUUUCGAUGUCCAUCAUAUUCAUUAGAAUUAAAUUCAAUAGAUUCAGAAUUUUUACAAUUGUUAUUGACACGUUCAUCGAUUCCGACGUCACGUGAAAAACAUAUUAUUCAAUCCGAUAUACCGUUAACUGAUGCGUUACUUAAUUUAAUUCAUACAUGUUUACAUUCGCGUGAUACAUAUAUUAGUUAUGAAUCAACGAAUCAGAGUCUUCGUACAGUUUUGGGCUAUUUGAUUGAAGAAUUUGUAAAAAAUCAAAUUGAUGAUUUAGUUUCAUUGGAAAAAAUUAUAAAAUAUUUAAUGGAUUUACGUACAAAAGUUCUUUGGCCUGCUGAGAAUAGUACUAGUGUACCGAUGAAAAAUGUGAAACAUCGAGCAUAUAAUGCAUGCAUGAAUAAAAUUCCAACUUGGCUUCAACAUAUUGUGGGCAAAGAAAGUAUUCAUCGUAUUAUUACGAAUUUUCUUGGCUGUUUAAUCUAUGAAAAACUUAAUCAAGAUUUUCUUUGUAAUUUAUUUGAUUUACUUAUUGAACAAUUAAUACCUGAUAUAGCAAAAAAAGAUUUUCUAACUAGAUAUGUUCAAAUGCAUGCUGGCGUCCGAUCCUGA